CUUUGCGCUGCACACGAAAGGGAAAUGAAACGGCGACUUCUCCAUUCCAAAAUCCCCCUCUCUCUCAUCUUUAGCUGUAACGAGUGUUCAUCGGUCGGAAGCUUUGCGACACGUAACGUCUACUCCUUAUUUUCAGUUGUUUUGGUGUUUUUUUGAUUUUUACGUCUCGUGUAGCCUUCUAUUGACCGUAAGCACUUUGCUUCGAGUGGAUUUCCAGGCGCCAGAUUCAUCGAGCCCGUUCAUAGGCAGGCUAGCUAGCCACCUAGCUACGUCUUAGCUAGCUUACUUGCUAACUAGCUUGCAGUACUGAUCGGGGGAGCGGAGUUUUGCAAACAUACUUGGGGGCGUCGUCAUUGCACCGCACCUGCCCAUAACCACCCCCUUUAAUCUGAAAAGUAUUUGCGGUGAGGUUUUAUCGCUAAGCUUUGUGUUCCUAGCUAGCGUGCUCGAUAUAGCCUGCUAGCUAAUACCCUGCGUAUUUAGCGUAGAAGCCAGUUCAAGGCCGCAGUCCAUCACCACCAUCAGCUGCCACUACCACAACAGUGUUUGCGACGCCGUGCAGUAAGAGCUGACAGCUUACUUGGUGACACAGAGACUUCUCCCUGAGGAGCCAAGAAGCAGACGGCUCAUGACUUCUGACCAGGACACGAAAGUUGUAGCUGAACCACAGGUGCAGCCAGUACAAGAGGCAAAAGAGAACUCUCAUUUGGAUUCCACUAAGGUUUCAGACCUCAACCCCAAUGCCAAAGCAUGGGCCAACCACAUGUUUAGCCUGGACCCCAGUGGGAGCGCCGACAACACAACUGCUGCCCUGCAGCCAUGGAAGGAAGGUUGCGAUAGUUCAGUUGACCCAGGCCCAGAAGGUCAGCCCACAGACUAUGAAGCCAGUGAAGACAAGACUUACAAGGAGCCUCUACUAACCGGUCCAGAUGAGCCUCCACCGGUGGCAGUGAUGCUGGCGGAGCCGGCGCCCGUGGCCUCCGUCGCCCUGGAGUGCUCCGAGCCAGGCUACACAGAGUACCCUGAGCCCGGGCAGCCUGGGCACCCAGCCACUGAUCCCCAGACUGAGACGCCCCAGGAGGGUUUGAGGGAGCACCUGAAGAAGACCCUGGAGUUCUGUCUUUCCCGGGAGAAUUUGGCCAGUGACAUGUACCUCAUCUCCCAAAUGGACAGCGACCAAUAUGUGCCAAUCGUGACUGUGGCCAACUUGGACCAUGUCAAAAAACUCAGCACUGACGUGGAGCUGAUUGUGGACAUUCUACGAUCUCUGCCCCUGGUCCAGGUUGAUGAGAAGGGAGAGAAGGUGCGACCGAAUCAGAACCGCUGCAUCGUGAUCCUCAGAGAGGUUCCUGAAAGCACACCGAUAGAGGCCAUUGAGGCUCUGUUUAAGGGCGACAACUUACCCAAGUUCAUCAACUGUGAAUUUGCCUAUAACGACAACUGGUUUAUCACCUUUGAAUCAGAAGCAGACGCACAGCAGGCAUAUCAGUAUCUCCGUGAGGAGGUGAAGUCCUUCCAGGGGAAGCCAAUUAAGGCAAGGAUAAAGGCAAAGGCAAUCGCUAUCAACACUUUCAUGCCAAAGAACGGUUACCGGCCGGUGGAGGUGAACCCGUAUGCCCAGCAUCGGUACACGUCCUACUACAUCCCACACGUUUACCCCCAGCAGCACUUCCCCCUGUACAACCUCAUUGCACCGCACACCUGGACGGCCACGCCCGGCUUCAUCGACCCCACACUAGUUACCCCCUUUCACAACAACCAGUUCAUCAAUGGAUUUACCACCUCGCACAGUUUCAAGCCAGCGACGUCGCCCCUCGCUGUCCGACACUACUCGCCCAGGAACAGGAAACCUCACUUGAGGCCGACUGUUCCCACAGCAGACCGCAGUGCCGGGCUGCUGGAUAACCCCAGCCUCUUCUCCAGCUUCCCCAGUGAGCGGCUCAACGGAGUUCGCGGAAGCCCACCAACACGACUCCCCACUACCCAGCCCAGAACCAGGUUACCCUCCACCGUGGCCUUCCCCCGCAGGGACACUGUAGGCACAGGCCGAGUAACCGAGGCCACAGCCACAGACUACUGCCUCAGUGGACGAGGAAGGAAAAAUGUUUCUGCUUCUAGGAAAAAGAGGGAUGAAAAGUUUACAAGAGUGACGCCUCAGUCACCGCCUCCUCCCAAACCUCCGUCUCCGAGCUUCGAGCUGGGUCUCUCCAGCUUCCCUCCCCUUCCCGGAGCAGCCGGCCAGCUCAAGACAGACGACCCAUUUGACAACCGGCCGGCCAGUGGCGUGGUUGUCAGUACGACCAAGGAACGGAAUGGAAGUGUUGAGUCCAGCGCUGGAGGAACUCCGUCGCCCACAGGCCCUAAGGAGCCUCUCCGGCCCUCCUCCUCCCCGAUGCCUACGAGCUUUCAGCCCACGCCGAGCCAGCUGACAACGGGCUCUUCCUCCACGCUGACCCCAGCAGCUGCCCCGCCACACAGUCCUGCCCCCCCCCUGCCAGCAGCCGAGUUGAAGGUGACGGAGGCGAGGCCAAAGGAGGCGCAGUCGUCUGUGGAGCGAGUUCCUGGGACGCUGUCCACUGCUAGCAAAUCAGUGCAGGUCAACGGUGCUGCCACAGAGCUGAGGAAGCCCUCAUACGCUGAGAUCUGCCAGCGAGUGAAGGACACCCCAACGUCACAGCAACCCCAGAUCCCAAAGGAAGCCAAGCCACCCUGCGCUGCCUCUGCGGGCGAGGACAGGAAGUGCCCUGAUGCCUGUAACCAGGCCGAGGCCAAGGCCAGAGAGACAUUCCCCUGCUCCAAACUGGGCUUGACGGUCAGCAACUCAGGCAGACCUCCAAGGGAGAACCGAAGGCCAACGGGGCGGUGGGCCUCCCCGCCCCCACACCCAGGGAAAACCCCCAGCAAAGACCCCCACCACACCCCACCCAAGUCCCCACAGUAGGGGAGAGCAGACCCCCUGUCCCUUCGAGUCCUCCAGUCUCCCCACUAUGCUCCACAGAUGCGAUUAAAAGGAAACCUAUGUCAGGGCUACUCACCAGUCGCAGACAGAGGACGCCUUCUUUUCUGGAUCAGGGCUUGCAGACAAAAGCACUUUACUGUGCAUGUAGAGCACCGUUUCAUUCUUUUUAUUCUAUUUAUUUGCUUUUUUUAUUUUAUUUUUAACUUUCAGUUUGGUUUUUCCUCCUUUUUUUUGCAUUAUGUAGGUCCUACAGCCUGUUCGUUGGCACAGACAACACUGAAAGUCAUUCAUUGCUCCUGGGAAUAAAUAAGUCUUGGCAUUGUUGGAAGGUGAAAGGGACGUCGGCCUCACCAUGGGUUGCUCUUAUGGUGAAAGGUUUGCAUGCUGCAGCUUUCUGAGCUUCAUUAUCAGUGAGGGUUAUUACUCCUUCACACAGAUAAGUGCAGGCCUCUGUGUCUGUGCCCAUCACUUCACCUUUGUCUCGUUUGUCAACACUUCUCUUAUAUGCAACUUAAUAUCACAAUCACAACAAGGGUUACAUCAGCUCAGCGACAUCGUUUUUACACUAGAAGACCUUUUCCAGUCUUUUUCCAGCAGUAGUUCUGCUUUGCUUACAGACCGUUGUCAGUGUAGUUGCUGCAGGUAAUCGUCUCCUCAGCGCUUCCUUCCUCUGCUGUUUUCCCAGGAUGAAAUGGCUCCCUCUGCUGGGGGCUCAUCUACUCUGUGCCAACACUGCUAAGGACUUUUAUUUGUGGGCUGUCGCUUGCGUCUCACAGCCAGGGUGGGUCAGUGCUGUUUCUGGGCUUCCAGGCGGGAAGAGCAAACUUUGACUGAAGACAAAUGAAGAAUCUCCAACUUUUCAGAGGCAGGAGAACGCUUGUUUUACUCGUUAUAGUGAUGUUGAAACUAGUAAAGAUCAAGAAAGUGAUGCACAGAGCUGGAAAAAUGCACUGAAUGUAAAGAACAGUCUCUGUUUUGUAGAGUUGAGGGGACCUGCGCAUUAACACACGUCUGUGCUGUUGGUUGGUUUGUCUCUAACUGGACCCUUUCUCCUUUCUCGCGUUCAUCUCUUUGAGCUAAAGACGGUUCAUGUAUCAGAUGCAGCUUCCUCUGACGUCAUCUCUAACAAGCUGACAAAUUCAAAUCCAGUGGUGAUGAUAGCGGAGCAGCUCUUUGAGGUUCACACAUAGGUGGGAACACAUUAACACUAAGGAUUCGGAUCCUCAUGAAACCGGCUCGCCAGGUGUAAUAGGCUCAGAAUAACUGAUGAGGCCCCACAUCCAGUGUUGAGAGGCGACGAGGGCUUCGUGGCAUGUUUCCACUGGAUGGUGCUAGACAUCGAACCCUGGAAUCUGUUACGGCUCGUGAUGCUACAUGCACACGAUACUUGAUUUACAUCUGCAGAACCUUGUUUACACAUUUGCUGUUUUUCAAAUUCAUUUGUUUAUCGUAGCUAAAGGGAAAGAAUCCUGAGUGCGGAGACGUAAAAUGAGGUGGACAAUGUUCCUGUUGGGCUGCGGCGGAGAUGCUUGAGCAGCGUCUCUGCCGGUUCUACUGACGUUCCUUCUUCCUGAAGGAGCUGGUGUCUGUGUAGACGUGCAGCAGUUCUGCAUUGAGGGCUUUCCUGGAAUGGUUGAAUGUGGAAAGUGAGAUGCGUCAUCAGACCGUAUAGAUUGUGAUUGACACUUAAGGUGUGUGUGUGUCAUGUUGGAGUGUGAAGGACAUGGCCAGGAGUCCAUGUGCUGAAAUGUUGUCGCGUGAUAAACCUUUAAGCAGAAACGUGGAGGCAGGCGGCAGCAGGCGCGUUCCCUGUGGCAGGUCGUCAUCACCGCUUUCCUCUGCAUCAGCGCCGUGGUUUCCUGUCACCAGGCUUCAGUAGGUUAAAAGCCUUUCUUAAACAGAAGAGAUGACACAGAUCUGCUCAGGUGCUUCAGAUGUACAGUGAAUCCCAUCCUGUGUCAUAGUGAUUCUGCCGACACGCUGUAACCUGUGGCUCCUGUAGCAGCCGCUGUGGCAGAACCACCAGACUGUGAUUGAAAAAGAAUCUUCUAUAGCAGCUUUGCAGCCUGAUUUCUGCAUUUAGACUUUGCUUUGCUGAGGUGAGAUUCCUUCCCUGCUUGACCCUUAAAACCACUGGACUCUCUGGUGUCUGGAAAAGUCUUCCUGCAGCAAAGGUCAUUGUGGGCAACUCGCUGCGCCUGCUGCCGAUUCGGACGAUAAACCCUGAGUUUGGCUAGUUUGCUUUUGAAGGACUAAGAUGCACUUGGAUGGGCUGGUUUAAUUUAGUUUAGUGUGUUUUCAUUUGUGGAAAUGGUCAAAAAGAAGAAACGGCACCAUCUCUGCUUAUUUAUCAACUGUUAGAAAUGACUACGCUUUCCUUUUGGGCAGAAGAAAUAAUAGAGACGCAUUGUCUCUGUCAAUACACAACAUGUAAAAAUCCAUCCAGUGUUCGAGAAACUUGAAUUUUAUUUAAACUUGAAAAAUGACUUUGCCUUAACUUUUCUACAAGACAAGCAUAAAGUUUAUUUCUUUUCCAAACCUCCCCAACACGUAAACGAGGAGCGGUGCGUCACGAGUCUUAGAGAGACAACAGAUCUAGCAGCAUUGUCUUUAUUUUCCCUUUUGGUUUUUGUAAAAUGAAUGAAAAGAAUAAUUUAGAUCUUUUUGUUUCAUAGUUUCCAUUUGUGUUUUUUGGGGAAAACUAAAUCUUGUAAAUGCAAAACUAGUCAAUACUGUAUUAAAUAUGUGCACUUUGGAGUGUGUGCUUUGCUUGUACAGUUGUAAAUACUCAGAAAAAUAUAAGAGGUACCUUAAAAUGAUGAUAAAAUAUAUUGAUCUUUAACUAUUAAUGUCGCUGUCGAGCUGGAUGUAGGAUAUAAACCUUAAUGUCGUGCUCUUGGGUUUUACUUUGGGUUUGGGCAUUGAGCUCUGCUCCACUCUGUAGCGUGGGCAGCUUGUCUGAUUGUACCGUGUGUGUGUGUUUCAUUCCAUUUCUCUACCUGUGCGCUAGGCUGCACCUUGAUGACAGAUGAGCCCGCCUCCCUUCCUUUCCUCCGUAGUGGGCACACUAGAAAGAAGGUGCUUUCAUUGUUUAGGCUCAGAGCAGCGCGUCGCCACCGUCCUCUUCAGAGCUCUGCGCCUCAGACUUUUGCUUGUUUUAAAAAAGUCUGAAUUCUGACAGUCUUUAAGCGGAAGCACUACAGUUUUUAUUCCACUGCAUCAACAGCAGUUCACCAUUAUGUUUAGUCUGCAUCAGUCAGUAUCUUCAGUCAACACAGUUAAAUCAAAGUCUACUGCAAAAGGCAUUAAACAUUCCAAUCACUGGUUUCAGCAGAUGUGACACUAAGGCUGAGCUGAAUCCUACAUCACCAGGAGCAUGACGACUCCAAAGUGUGUUAGCCUAGCGUAGCACUGGAGCCGGACGGGUUCUGUCUCAGCUGAGCUGUGUUGGGCUGGAGACGCUGAGCCUUGUCCUGGAUCCACUUCAGGUUCCGUAUAUUCAGUCUAAUUGGACAUGUGUUUGAGUGGAUGGUUGUGGUUCAGCUCAUUUCUCUGUCGGCAGUGCAAAACAAGCAGAAGUCUAUAUGUCAGAGCUUGAGGGUGACGGAGGGUGCUCGUGGUUCUGCGUGCUGCCGAUGCGUUCAGGGCCUGUGGGUUGUACCUUUAGUUCUAAACGUUGGUUUAACCACUGGCAGCUCAAAGUUCCCCUCGAGUGUCGGUGUUGGUUCCAAUCAGACAAGAUGUUUGAAGUUGCGUCUGCUUUUCCUUGUUCGUGUCAGCUUCAGGGCCUCCUCCUGGGACCUACGUGUAUUAAUAGUUUCCUUCGGACUCGUUGUGUUGGGGCUGAAGCAGAGGCUCAACUGGAAUCAGUUUCACACCUGUCGGAGCGACGUCUCUGGCACAUACAGAACAUUAACCUGCACAAACUGGGACGUCCGCCCCGUGGACGCGGUGCCAUUAAACCAGCGGUGGUGUAACGUGUACAUAGCUGAGGCUGCAUCUGGUUUUUACUUCCUGUCAAAGACUUUUCCAUCUGGACUAACCUGAAACGGGAGCAGCUUUAUAUGCAUCAGCAUCAGCAGAUGAGGACGUGAGCCAGAGUGACUCUUCCAGAGCUGGUACCGGUGGACUCGCAGGUUCUGCUCAUCCCAUCAUCACAAACUCUUCAUAUCAGCCGGUCCGUUGCCUCAGCUCGGCCUCCUCCACGUCCGCCCGUUUCAACAGUGCCAUUGUUUUCUUCCCUUGGUUUGGUUGAUUUCUCCAAAGAUCUAAUGACAGAUGCACAGCACCGACUCUGCUCACUGUGGUUUCACUCAUUAACACUCACCGCGCUGCGCUAACGGCUGUGGACAAUCGACGACUCCAGCGUGUUGGGGUUUGGACAGAUAACUUUGCCUAAUGACACCUUUAACAGAUGUGGAACGGAGGCUUUUGCUUUCUUUUGAUUUUAUUUUUCUAAUUAAUUAAUUUAGUUUUGUUUUUACUUUGGGUCUAUUCUUCCACUGAGACUGGAAUCAAGCGUACGUGUCGGCUAUAGAUAAUUUAAGUUACCCUUGUGUCAUGAUGUAAACUGUCUAAUUUGGAGAAAAAAAUGUAGCUUACUGAAAAAUAAAGAUUUAGGCACUGUU